AUGCCAGAGAAGAACAGUGACACGGCGACCAACGGUAUCAAAAAUCAAAAGAAAGCAAAUCUUUUGGAUCAUCACUCCAUUAAACACAUCCUCGAUGAAUCUGUUACGGAGAUCGUUACUAGCCGUGGAUACACUGAAGAUGUGAGGAUCAGUAACGUUAGAUUGUUGAUCGGAACUGUCAUUAUCAUCAUUGCUCUUUUUGCUCAGUUUUACAAGAAGAAGUUUCCUGAAAACUGGAAUUUCCUGAUCGGCUGUAUCGUAUUAUAUCCUUCUCGUGGUGAACUUUUUUCUUUGCCUUAUAUUCCUGCUAUCCUCUUUUCGGUUGCUGUGAAAUUGGUGGUAGAUAAGCUGAUCAUAUAUACAAAGGAACAGAAUGCAGUUUUGUUUACCUAUCCUCCUUCAGGAUCCUUCAACACCACUGGCUUGGUAGUCUCUUCAAAGUUGCCUAGAUUUUCGGAUAUGUACACACUUACCAUAGCAAGUGCUGAUCCCCAAUCAAUAUCUGCUAAGCCACCAGUUGAAUUUACCAAAAGCGUUACUCAGUGGUUCACCAAGGAUGGAGUUUUGGUGGAUGGUCUGUUCUGGAAAGAUGUUGAAGGACUAAUAAAUGAAUAUACCAGAGAAACCAAAAAGAGCAAGUGA